AGAUCGUUAUUGAUCUGCUUGUCCACAACAAAUAUCUUUCAUUUACAACCUUUCCCCAGGAGCCGACUACUUUUUAAAUCAUCACAAAAUAGUUUGAUUGACUCGUGACGUCGAAGACGAGGAUUUUUCCACAGGAGCAAUCAAAGAUCUCGCCGCCAAGAAACUCGAGCAUUCCAAAUUCAACGACUUUGUACAAUAUUCGCUAUGAUGAAUUGGGCAAUAAUUGCUCGCGAGGAUCGUCUCUAUAAGGGUAAAACCUUGUAUAAAUGGGAUGUAUCACCUGGCUUAGAACAUCAUUGCGGAACAUGUGCGACACCACUUCAUAAUGCUCGUUCAAAGUCAUCUUGCCUUGGUAAGCAUGUUGAACCUUGCUUCCGAUUUCAUCAGCAGCUGCAUUUCCUUGGAAAAUCUCAUGAAUGUCUUGGAUGCAACACGUCUGAUGAGAUGCACUAUACUCGACACAAAGAGAUCCUGGCCAUCAUUCGAGAGAUUACCACAUUUGAUCAAACUGAUUUGUCUUUUGGAUCUCAGAUGAUGAAGAGAAAAGACGGAGCUGACAAGAAACGGACAGAAUCUGAGACUACAUCCGAGGCAACCGACGCGAUCUCUGAAAUGAGCCUCGAAGAAGAGAUUUUAACAAGGAGAGAAAGGAAACGAGCAAAGAAGUUGGGGGCAAAGACUAGAAGGAACGUUGUUGUUUGUAGUCAAGAUGAGAUCAAUGGCAUUAGCGAGGCAUUGCAUGGCCAAAUCCACGAAAGUAAAGGUGCUUGGGAAGGUACCUAUGCUUAUGACAACCGUCGUGCUGAUACAUCAUCUGCAACUGCUGGUCCAGUCGGAGAGGAGGAUGAAAAAUAUGAUGCAUAUGCGGUUCAGCCACCCACUCCAGUUUCCAAUAAACAAUACAAGACCCCCAACUUUCCGACUCCAAAGCAACAAAGGGCAGCUAAAAGACUCAAUACAGUCACACCAUUAAGGCAAUCCAAACUCCGUGGUCACCAGCAAAGGUUCACGCCCGAAACGGCCUACAAAAACGAUCCAUAUGGUGGUAUUGAUCCCGAAAUUUUCGGUCGUCUUGGCAUUGAUGUCAAACCGUCUUCCAAUCCGAAGCCCCGAAAAGAAUUGAUAGAAAAGCUCAUCGCUGCCAUCCAGAACGAUCUACAUGUUAUCCGGAAGGAAGAAGAAGAGGCUGUUAUCAGAGAAGAAGGCUUCUGGAGAUGGGCCGGACGAAACGCGUUUCGGAAUAUCCUUGAAUACCGCAAAAUGUUUGACUGGGCAACUGGUCAGAAGAUAACCCCGGGUCAGAAAAUGAUUGCGAUGAGAUCUGAAGCAGAGCUCUUUGGCACCGAAGCAGACAAUUCUCAGAUCGAUGAUGAAACAGAGGGAGACAAUAGGCAAGAUGGCUCAGAGAACGAAGGCGAAGUUGCUGCAGAUGAAGACAUACCUGCAGGAUUGAUGGGUGAGAGGCAGGACAUAAAAGAAAUGGCACAUGGAAGCGAGGAUAAAUUUGUCGACGAAGAAAAGCAGAAAGUCAAGAAGAAUAAGGUCUUGAGAAUCUCCACCGCACACGAGUCGCACAUUCGACCGAAAUCAAAACAAUAUAAGAGUAUUUCGAAUAGACCUCUUGGUAAAAAUAAAAAUGUCUACAAGCGUUUUGAAACCGAAGGAUUUGCUGAUGCUUCCAUGGAAGAAGAUGGCAAAAUGGAACAAGAGGGCAUUGAUGAUCUUGUUGAAUACAGUGUCAAAUAUGGCAGCAAUACCCUCAAGUCUACUUCUACAUGGGCGAGUGUUGUUGGCUAUAGCACAAUCGGCACUACAAGUCCUGCUAAGAAAGGAAAGAAAGUUAUUACAGAUCGAACGAUCGUCCCUCCUCCUCUUGAAGAGGACGAGUGGAUCACAGUUACGAAAAAGGGAAGGAAGAAUUGAUGUAUGGAUAAGAUGCAGGUUGGCAAAAUAUGCAAUGGAGGAUUUGUUAUAACUGGUGCUAUUUUGUUGAUGUACAUUCACGAUAUGGCUUGCUUAUUUUGCAAUGUUUGCCUUUUGCUUUUCACGUUGCUUUUUGAUGGCUUUCAUACUUUGCUAUUUUCAGAGAGAUGGUGAAGUGGUGGUGAACUUAGGGAGAGCCUAUGAGGCUACAAGCUCGCGAGAUUACGAGGGCUUGACUAGGCGUGCACAAGUUUCUUUGGUCAAUUUAGUUCAUUUCGUUACUUUCAAUAUGUAGUGCCAGGUUGAAACAUGAUUUCCGCCAAAAAGCAAUGUAUACACUGCAAUGAAAAGGACAUAUCGAAAACCAUUUAUGUUUGUGAUGAAGACUCUAUGUAUCUAUGGGAACUUGGUAUUUCAAUGGUCAGGUAGAUGGAGAAGCAUUGCAAUGAAGUGAUGAGGAAGGGA